AUGUCGAACACUCCAAGUUAUAGUGGCGGAAGCUACUCUGAAUCCGGCCAAGAAGUAACAACACAAUUCAAUGCAAGCAACCAAUACCACAUGGGAGUGGCGGAAGUCGCUCAUAUUUGUCAAGACCGAACUGAAGUCCGCAGCAAUCGCUUCCAAGAUGACGCUGUGUUCGCCUUCCGUACCAACCCGAACGGACAACAACUUCUCACUCAGGGUACCAGAAGCUAUUGUACGUUUUUCGAAACUAUCCCUGGAAAUCAACCAGGGCAUAUUUGUCAUUGCCACAAAGACACUGAAAUCGACAAUACCUCAUUUGUAUUCAAUGGAGACAUAGUGGGAGACAGAGAGGCGUCAUUAGUAAGGAAACAUCAUCUCCAAAGUGGCUCUGUUAAGAAUCAUAGCAAGUUUGUUAAUGGAGAUCUGGAUCGGGAUACCUUUUUGGCUUUUUUUCUGCCAUCAAUAACAUAUGAUAUUGAAGGCGGUGUUCUACAUUCCUAA